AUGCAGCAAACUAAUCAAGUGAGUAACAUGUGCUUCGUCUCCAUGUGCUUCCUUGCGAAGACGAGUAGACAUCAUGCUCUAUGCAUUGUAUGCUAGUUGCCACUUGCCAGAGUAGGUAAUCUCCAGAGCAGAGCCGAUGAUACAGUUGCUCCGAUCCCCAGAAGAAUUAAAGGAAAACACUACCAGCAAGUAAGCUAGAGAUUGCAUUGUUCAUCAGGUCAGGGGCGGAUCGGAGGGAUGGCGGAUCCGGUAGCCAGCGUGCAGACGAUUGUGAGGAUCGCACUAGCGAUCAGCAACGCGGUCGGCACUGCUCAAAGGAACAUUGACCAGUGCGAGGACAUCCGAAUUCAGGUGAGCAUAGCCAAGGACAGCCUGCUGGAUUUGCAGAAGAAGGGGAUGAUGGACACGGACACCGCGGUGAGCCGUGCCCUGGGUCACCUGAAGAAGACGCUCAGGCAUGCCCUCGAGCUUGUCAGGGCCUGCCAGGUGAACCAGAGCUUCGUGCAGCGCGUCCUCAAGGCGAAGGACCUGUCCAACCAGCUGCGCGAGGUCGAACAGAACAUCCUGCGGAAACUGUCCAUGGCGACCUUCGCCAUCAACGCCCACAUGGUGCUUGAUGCUCAUCACGAUGGCCAACGGCAGUUUCAGCAUCGGAGGCAUGAGACGCCAGCACACGAGAAGCCUGGCAAGAUGCAUGAACAUCGGAGGUCCAAGACACCUGAACAUCGACGGACCAUGGAUUCCGAAUAUAGGAGGUCCAAGACGCCAGAACGUCGACGGAGCAGGAACAGGACACCUGAACGCCGGAGGUCCAACACACAUAAACACCGACGGAGCAGGAGCAUGACACUUGAACAUCGGAGGUCCAAGACGUCUGAACGUCGACGAAGCAGGAACAGGACACCUAAACAACGACGGAGCAGGAACAGGACACCUGAACGCCGGAGGUCCAACACACCUAAACACCGACGGAGUAGGAGCAUGACACUUGAACAUCGGAGGUCCAAGACACCUGAGCAUCGAUGUACCACGGAUUCUGAACAUAGGAGGUCCAAGACACCUCAACGUCGACAGACCAUGGAUUGUAAACAUAAGAGGUCCAAGACGCCUGAACGUCGACGGAGCAAGAAUAGGAAACCUGAACGCCGGAGGUCCAACACAGCUGAACAUCGACGGAGCAGGAGCAUGACACUUGAACAUCAGAGGUCCAAGACACCUGAGCAUCGACGGACCACGGAUUCUGAACAUAGGAGGUCCAAGACACCUGAACGUCGACGGACCAUGGAUUCUGAACAUAAGAGGUCCAAGACGCCUGAACGUCGACGGAGCAGGAAUAGGACACCUGAACACCGAAGGUCCAAGACACCCAAACAGCGACGGAGCAGGAACAGGACACCAAAACACCAGAGGUCCAAGACACUUGAACACCGACGGAGUAGGAACAGGAUACCUGAACACUUGAGGACCAAGACCCCUGAACAUCGAUGGACCACAGAUUCUGAACAUAGGAGGUCCAAGACUCCUGAACGUCGACGGACCACGGAUUCGGAACAUAGGAGGACCAAGACACCAGCACAUCGCAAGUAAUGAACGCAAGAUGAACGGAAUUUUUAAAUAUCUCAUAAUUAUAUACCAUGUUUCCAUUCACUUGUUCUGUGGAUGUAACUGUGUCAUGAUUUGUGUUGUGUUCUAGUGGAAUGGUGAAGAGGUGGAGAGAUCCAAGUGAUUUUGUUGUUGCUUUUCAUCCACCUUUUAUUAUGUGUUGUAUCUUGGUUCUUUUUAUCAAUUCUAAGUGAUUUUUUUAUCAUGCCCUAA